AUGCUUGGGGAAGAGAAGUCAUUUCAUCAUCCUGUUGCCUACAGUGAAGGCCCUAGUGGGGGUACUGGGGGUGAAAUGUCAAGAGGAGGUUCUGGGGAAGGGUAUGGUGAAGGCAGUGGUGGUGGAGGAUAUGGAGGUGGGGGUGGGGGUGGGGGAGGAAGUGGUGAAGGAACAGGAGAUGGCUCCGGUUAUGGUUCUGGGGAAGGGUAUGGUGAAGGCAGUGGUGGUGGAGGAUAUGGAGGUGGUGAAGGUAGUGGCGGAGGAACAGGAGAUGGUGGUUCUGGUUAUGGUUAUGGUAAUGGAACUAGAUCUGGUGCAGGAGGAGGAGGGGGAGGAGGUAGCGGUAGUGGUAGUGGGGGAAUGGAUGGGAAUAAUGGCAGUGGUGAAGGGGAAGGUAAAGAUUAUGGAGGAGGUGGAAUACCGUGA